GCUUCUCCUCUGCGUCCUCUGGCUCUGUUCAAUUCCUUCCCUUUUUUUAAGCCUUUUUACAUUCUCUUUUCUUUCUCUUCUCAAAAAGCCCUUUUCAUACAUACUCUAUACUUAUUAUUGUAUUGUUUUCUUCUUCUCUCUCUUUUUGGUUAAGGUCUCAAACCAAACCAAACUCCAAUUUUGUUUUAGAAAAAGAAAAGUAAUAUACUAGCUAUAGCUAGCUCAUUUUUGGUAACGCUCUUCAUCGAUCUUCUCUCUCUCUCCUCAUCUCUCUCUCUCUCUCUCUCCUCAUCUUUGGAGUUUGGAGCAUCCAAUGGGGAACUGCUUAGAUUCUUCUGCCAGAGUUGAUACCACUCAGCCCUACCACAACACUUCUGCUUCAUGGGCCUCAAAAGUCACCAGCCAAACUAGCAAUUCUUCAGCUCCUUCGAAGUUGACCGUUUCAUCUUACACUGAAAAGAGCAGUGCUGAAAAUCUUCCUACUCCGAGAUCUGAUGGUGUUCCUACUCUGAGAUCUGAAGGUGAAAUUUUGUCAUCCUCUAAUGUUAAAGACUUCACAUUUAAUGAUUUAAAGAAUGCCACAAGAAAUUUCCGCUCCGACAGUCUUCUUGGUGAAGGAGGAUUUGGUUAUGUUUUCAAAGGAUGGAUCGAUGAAUAUACACUUACUGCUGCGAAGCCUGGAUCUGGUAUGGUCAUUGCUGUCAAGAAGCUUAAACCUGAGGGUUUCCAAGGUCACAAGGAGUGGCUGACAGAAGUUAAAUAUCUUGGCCAACUUCAUCAUCCAAAUCUGGUUAAACUUAUUGGGUACUGCACGGAUGGCGACAACCGUCUUUUGGUCUAUGAAUUCAUGCCCAAAGGGAGCUUGGAGAAUCAUCUCUUUAGAAGAGGAGCCCAGCCACUUUCUUGGGCUACAAGGAUUAAAGUCGCCAUUGGUGCUGCUAGAGGCCUCUCUUUUUUGCAUGAUGCCGAAGCACAAGUCAUAUAUCGUGAUUUCAAGGCUUCUAAUAUCCUACUAGAUGCAGACUUCAAUGCAAAACUAUCCGAUUUUGGUUUGGCUAAGGCAGGGCCUACUGGUGAUAGGACUCAUGUGUCCACUCAAGUUAUGGGUACUCAUGGCUAUGCAGCUCCAGAAUAUGUUGCUACAGGUCGGUUGACAGCAAAAAGCGAUGUCUACAGCUUCGGGGUUGUUUUGCUGGAACUAUUAUCCGGGCGUCGUGCUGUUGAUAAAACUAAGAUUGGCAUAGAGCAGAAUCUAGUGGAUUGGGCAAAACCAUAUCUUGGUGACAAAAGGAAAUUAUUUCGGAUUAUGGAUACCAAGUUGGAGGGCCAAUACCCUCAUAAAGAAUCCUUCACGGCUGCAACCCUAGCCGUACAGUGCCUACAAACCGAGCCUAAACUCAGGCCACGAAUGGCCCAGGUUUUAGUAGCACUGGAGCAGCUGCAGCUCCCCAACAAGGCAGCCAAACACUCACAAUCCGACCACCAGACUGUUUCUAAUCCUGUUCGGAAGUCGCCUUUGAGACACCACCGGUCAACUAGAAAUGUGACGCCCUCUGCAUCCCCGUUGCCACCCCACCGGCAAUCUCCACGUGUACGUUGAGUUGAUCAACAUGUCAGUUGAUCCGGUAUUUCGAUGUAAAUUUCUUCUUUUGCUUCCAUAUUUCUGUGUCUAUAUAAUGUUUGUUGGAAAUUUGGAAUGUAUUUUUACUGAUACUGAGUACUGCGUUAUGCAGAACGUAUCAUCACCACCUGUAUCAUUUAUUUUAUGAGUGUCUCAAGGUAGCUCUAUAUUUCAUUGGGUGGUGCAAA